AUGCCGCCGGUCGAUUCUACAACUUCUCACCCAGCAGAAAUCAGCAAUAGACACAACCCGUCGUCGUCGUCUUCGCCAAGAUCGUAUUCCCCAGAAUCCACCGGUCUCGGUUCGCCUUUCUCUCUGAUUGGAACUCCCCGCGGUCAAACCCGUGCCCCGAUUACCACCCCGAGCGACUUCUCCUCGGGCACCCUCUCUUCAGAAGAGAUAUCUCCCAUUGACGUCGAGUCCAAACACAAACUCGGAAGCGAAGUCACUCUUAAACAAAGCACCAGCAAAAUGGCUUCUCCAGUCAACGUCUUGAUGGUUGGUACCGGCGAGUACACUACCGGAUUCGUCGGGACCGGAGCCUCGACUUCUGAUAAGAAGGUCGGUGUCGUCGGCUUGACCUUGUUCGAUUUGAGGCGUCGUGGCAAAGUCGGUGAAUUGUCCAUGGUUGGCGUUAACGGAAAGAAAUAUCCCGCCAUUCGCGAACACUUGGACAAGAACAUUUCCAAAGUUUACAAUGAUUUGGACGUCUCAUUCAAGUCCUUCCCCGCCGACGAUGCUGUUGAUGCCGAUUCCUACAAGGCUGCUAUCGAUCAGCUUAAGCCUGGCGAUGCAAUUACAAUCUUUACCCCGGAUACCACCCACUACCCCAUCGCUCUAUAUGCUAUCCAGCGAAAAAUCCACGUUCUUUUGACUAAGCCAGCCACAAAGACAAUUGAAGAGCACCAGCAUUUGAUCCGCGAGUCGAGGAAAUAUGGUGUCUUCGUUUUUGUUGAGCAUCACAAGCGAUUCGACCCUGCUUACUCUGAUGCCCGGGCUAAGGCUCAGAAACUCGGUGACUUCAACUACUUUUACAGUUAUAUGUCCCAGCCAAAGAGCCAGUUGGAAACUUUCAAGGCAUGGGCCGGAAAGGACUCUGAUAUUUCUUAUUACUUGAACUCCCACCACGUUGAUAUCAACGAAUCUAUGGUUCCUGGAUGGAAGCCAUACAAGGUCACAGCCUCUGGCUCUCGUGGAUGCGCUACUGAUCUCGGAUGCGUUCCCGGGACCGAGGAUACCAUUACACUUAUGGUUGACUGGGUUAAGAAGGACGACCUUACCAAGGUCGCUACUGGUGUCUACACCUCUAGCUGGACUGCCCCACAAAAGGCAGGUGUCCAUUCCAACCAAUACUUCCAUUACCUCGGAAGCAAGGGCGAAAUCCGAAUCAAUCAGGCCAAGCGUGGUUAUGAUGUCGCUGAUGACGAAACCACCGGCUUGAUGUGGUAUAACCCCUUCUACAUGCGAUAUGCUCCUGACGAAGAAGGAAACUUCGGCGGCCAAAGUGGCUAUGGUUAUGUAUCCUUCGAAAAGUUUAUCGACGCUUGCAACAAGCUCAACGCCGGCCAAGUUACCUUGGAUGAGCUCGACAAGCGUGGUCUCCCCACGCUCGCCAACACCGCUGCUACGGGUGCAAUCUUGCACGCCGGUCGAGUCAGUCUUGACGAAAAGAGAACAGUCUACCUCGAGGAGAACGAGGGUGUCUGGCGACUAGGAUGUGCUUCUGGUUCAUGCAGUGCACACGCGAGCACUGCUACCCACACCCCUGCGGCCCCGGCCCCCGCGCCAUCCUUAAACGGCACCACUGUCAGAGAAGAGCUAGAAGCCAAAUCCGUCACCACAACCGAACCGUUCACCGUCGUACCGACAACGCCGACUUCAUCCACUCAACCGUCGAAGGGAACCUCCAAGGUUAUCGAACGACAACCCUCGAGCUCAUCCCUCCCAAGCCUUGCCAAACGACAAAAGAGUGUCAUCAACUGGUGGAAGAAGCGCAAGAACAGAAAGUCGACCAUCUCAGUCGUUGAGGCUAAGGCUUAA